CUCCAUUGUAGUGAAAUAUUACAACAAACACACUACAAAAUCUGAAAUUGAGACACAUCCUGUGAGGAAAAAUAUGGUAGCAAGUGUGUUUUUCCUGAAAUGAGAGCAUUUUGUAGAUGGUGCCUCCAGGCCAGGUCUUAUCUGGUUCAGCGGGGAGGAUGUGGUCAGUGCUGGGAGGCUUUGUUGAUGGGUUGACUGGUGCUGGUGUUGGGGCUUUGUGGGAUGGCGGUCAUUGUUCCUGUGAGCCCAGGGUAUAGAAAACGUCUGGUGUUAUGCCGAAAUCCCGUUCCUGUGGGUGGUAUAAUAAGAGUCUGAGGACUUCAGCGUCUCAUAGUCAGUUUCACGAUAUUCUCCCAAACUGCAAGGACUUCAGUGCACUACAACCAAGCUCAUCAUUGAUGGAUUCUUUCCAGGAGACCCAAUCUGACUUGGAGGUGAUCUUAGAGUUCUUAGAGGAGUACUACAAACAAAACACCAUAGAAAAUGUCACCAACGUAAACUGGACUGCAGACGAAGAAUCGCGUCAGCAGUGCUGGACGUGCUACGAGCCCCCUAAGAUCAAACCUGCACUUCAGCCUUUGCUGGCACACGACGCCCCACCAGCCCUCAGCCAAAACACAACAGCAACAUUGUGUGAGCGUGGGUCACUGCCAAACAUCGCAUCAACAAGACAACCAACCAAACACCAGGCCACAGCAGCGGGGAGUGGCAAAAAGGUGCGACUCUUUCACUUUCUGUUUGAGAUGCUGGAGGAUCCAAACAUGGCCCACUGCGUGUCAUGGGUACCAGCAGCGGCUGGCGUCUUCCGCUUUUCCUCCACAAACAAGGACCAGGUGGCAGCACUCUGGGGUCAGAGAAAGGGCAACAAGAGGCCCAUGACUUACCAGAAGAUGUCGCGCGCCCUCAGGAACUAUGCCCGGUCUGGAGAGAUCUUCAAGGUGAAGAAGAAGCUCACCUACCAGUUCAGCCUAGACACCCUGAUGUCACUGCAGAAGUGUCACCCAGGAGAUUCAUAAUGCAGACUAGAUUUUGUGUAGCUCCUGUCGUCUCGAACAAAACUUCAAAUACGCUCCUCCAUUUUUAAAAAAGAAAUCUAGUAGCUUUAGCUAUCAUUUCCAACAUUAUUAGUGUGACAGCAUGCUUUCAUAUAUGAGUUUACCUUAAGGUUGUACAUGCAUUGAGUUUGUGGUGUAAUUAAUGGAAAAGAAAUAAAGAAAAAUAUAUUGGU